CAAACUUGGGGCCGGCAAGUCACGUGCUUCAAUGAAUAAUUGAUCAGAAUCAGAAAAUUUAUUCUAUAUGGGUGCGCUCUCGGUUUUAAGAGAUCAUAUAUUAUAAGCUAGCCAUGGCGUCCUUCACACCGCUCGUCCUCACGACUUUUGUGCUCGCUGGUCUUCUGUUCCUUCCUCAAGGGUAUGGCAUCAUGUGUGAGAACUACGUAUGCUCCAACUCAUCUCACGGUCCCCCCCAGCCGUGCCCAACCCCUAACAUCACCGAAUGCGAGCAAGGGAUGGACAGAUGUUCGAGAAUGCUGACCUCGUAUUCCACGAGCGCAGGAAAAAUGCAAAUGACGGUGCACCAAGACAUACGCCAAUGCGCCGUGUCCUACCAGUGCACUCCACAGGUUUAUAAGUUGAUGUGUGAAGGGAUGGCGCAGAACGGCACCACUGUCCUUUCGUGUGCACAACAAUGCUGUGAAGGAAACCAAUGCAACAACGAGACGUUUAUACCCAAGCCGCCAGCUCCACCCGGACCAACAAAUGCCCCAUUGCAGUGCUAUGUAUGUAACAGUGGACCGGAGGGAGUGAUGAAUAGCUGCGACAAAGCAAAACUCGAGACCUGUCAUCCUUAUGGUCCUGCUCCAGCCCCGAGACCCGACCGCUGUAUGACGGUUAAGGCUAUAGGCAAGAAUCCUUCUAACGGAGAACCAAUGUCUUUUGAGCUUCGAAACUGCAGCAGUAGCAUGAUGGGUAUGUGCACGAACAUGUGCAAAAUGAUGAACGACACGGGUGCGCUCACGAGCUGCGAGGUCAACUGCUGUGAAGGCAACGGCUGUAACAACGCGGGACUUCCAACUACCAUGCCCACAGUCAGGUCGCACGCUAUUCAGCCCGUCAUUCAGGUGCUGGUUCUCAUAUUUGCCAUGAUUGUUGGCUUGGAGUGGAGCAAGUAGAUUAUCGAGACGAUUUUCUUAUCGGAAAGAAGGAUGUCAUUUUGCGAAUUUAUAUUGUUCCAGAGCUGUAGCAGGCAUCGAAAUAUUCGGGGCGGGGGACAUUAGGGCGAAAAAUCGCUAUAUAGGACAUUGUUUCUCGUUUUAACUUUUGCAUAUAUUUGUUAUUAUUGUAGUAAAGUAUUUGCACUGUCAUAUACAAAUAAGCGAAAUCUUUUGUUAUGUGUUGAUAGAGUGAGGGUCCCUGCCGUUUUUUUAUACUUGGAAGAACAAGUGGCCUUUGCAGGUGCUUCCAGGCCUAAGGCUCAGCAGUUAAAUAAUGAAUAUAUUACAUGAUAUUUAUACUUUCUCCCUAAGUUAAAUAUGUAAGAACAUGAAUAAAUGAAAAGUAGGAUUCCUAUUACUAAAGCAGUCAAUGUGUAGUAGAAUGAUUGUAACGAUUUGAUUAAAACGGUGCUUAAAAUUU